GGACUUUGGUGUGUUGUUCUAUGGCAUAUGACCUGACGUGACGUUGCCUAUGUUGUGCUUAAUUUUAUUUAAAUUUUGAAUUUUAUAAUUAAAAAGUUGUAUGAAGUUUUUAUAAAAUGACUGAUAAAGUAAUAAAAAAGACUAAACCCUCGGAACCUUCUGCACUGGGGAAAUUGUACCUCUUGUCUUAUAACGUUAUUCAAACAAUAGGGUGGUUUUAUUUAUUAUGGCAGUCAUUAGUUCACUUUUUAAACCGUGGAACACUUGCAACAUAUUGGGAUGAAGUAAAAUGGACUAUUAUUAUAUUUCAAAAUGCUGCAAUUUUAGAGGUAGUGCACGCGGCCUUGAGGUUGGUGCCGUCCGGUGUGAUGGUGGUCCUGAUGCAGGUGUACUCGCGCGUGUUCCUCGUGUGCGGUGUUCUGCUGACAACACAGGGUGCCCCCUCCAGCCCCGGCCUGCCGCUCUGUGUCCUUGCUUGGUCCAUCACUGAGAUCGUACGAUACGGAUACUAUGCACUCAACUUGAUUAAUUCCGUACCACAAUCUCUGCUCUUCUUAAGAUAUUCGACGUUCCUUGUUCUAUAUCCUCUUGGGAUAACGGGUGAACUGCUGUGUAUGUAUCAUGCUCUCGAUGAAAUUGCUUCUGAGAAGUUAUUUACAAUUCUAAUGCCAAAUACAUGGAAUUUCGUAUUUAAUUAUUAUUACUUUUUAAUAUUCUAUAUGCUUUUGUAUAUUCCAUUAUUCCCGGUUUUAUUUGGACACAUGUUGAAGCAGAGAAAUAAAAUGUUAAGUAAAGAUAUUAAGAAGCAAGUAUAGACGAAUUUGUAUUAAGACGAGUUUUGAUUUUCUUACAGUGGGUUUCUGAAAUCAAAAUAUAAAACACCUUUGAUAAAACAACAACACCUUUAACAAUAUGUUUCAAACGGAGACUUUGAUGUCAGAAACCCACGGUUAGACAAAUUAAAUAUUCAAUAUCUUCUAUUUAGAGUUUUUCAUUUGCUUUUAGUUGUUAAAUUUGAAAACAAAAAAUAGCAUUUAAUUUUUCGUCAUUGUAUUAAAGAGACACAUGGCCGAUAGCAUCAAAUAAUUAAAUUGAUGUAAGUAACUGUUGAUUUAUAUACGAGUAAUAAAGAAAUGAAAUCGCAUUUUAUUUUGUUAAUUAAGUAGGUGGUAAGUACAAUUGCGAAUAGACGCUAAGAGACGGUGACACUGGAAUAGUAAUAUUAAUAUAAUUUGUUCACUUAAUAAAUUAAAUGUU